AUGGGAACUAAGCCAUGGGAAUCCAAUUCAACAACAUUUUCUUCGCAAAUUACGGAAAUAUCCCAUCAAAAGUUUAAAACUAUUGGCAAAAAUGGUAAACCAGUUGCUUUUCAAAACGAUUUAGAGUGGACUGUACUUGCAGGCAUAGUUGCGUAUUAUGGCGAGUAUCACCUUGAUUGUAUCUCACUUGGGAUGUUUAAUAGUAGCGGGCUAAAAUGUCUACCACAAAGUAAACUUUGCAAGACUGGUAGUUUAAUUCAUGAUAGUCAUGCUGAAAUAUUGGCUCGAAGAGGAUUUUUAAAGUUUCUCAUAAAUGAAAUGAAAUUUUUAUUAUUAAAUUCAGAAUCAACGUAUCUUUGUUUGAAUGAUACAAAUUAUUCUCCAUUUAAACUAAGAGAACACGUUACUUUUCAUAUGUACAUAAGUCAGGCACCCUGUGGAGAUGCAUCAGUAACAAGUACAGCUUUAAGUCAGUCACCAAGGGAAGCGGAACUAUAUAGUAACUCAUAUAGUAGUAAAAUUGGUUCUCAAAAUUGCUAUACUGUAAUGGAAGAUCAGAUCUCUGCUGAUUUUAAUAACAAAGUUAAAGUGUUUAAAAUGAAAGAUGGAUUUCGGCGAGGCAGAAUUGAUUAUGAAUCUUUUGGUGUCUUGAGAACAAAACCAGGAAGGGUUGAUUCUGAACCAACUUUAUCGAUGUCUUGCAGUGAUAAAAUUGCUCAAUGGAAUGUAGUAGGAUUACAAUCAGCCCUGUUAUCAGAACUAAUAUCACCUAUUUAUUUAUCAUCUAUUACUGUAGGUGAUAUGUUUUAUUUAAAAGAUUUGAAUAGAGCAUUAUAUGAAAGAAUAGAGGGUCUAAAAAACCUUCCUCAUGAGUAUUCAUUACAUCGACCUAUUAUAAUUCCUUCCUUAAUAAAAUUUGAAAGGUCAAGAAGUUAUCUAUCAGAAUGUUUUCAAAAUAAAGAUUUGAUUUCAUCAAAUAUAGCGACAAUCUGGACAAAAGAUUCUGAGUCAACAGAAGUACUUGUGUCUGGAAGAAAGCAAGGAGCUAUUAAAUCCAAAAAAUCUGGCCUUAAUUUAUCUAAAGCUAG